ACCGGGAAGCGAGUCGUGGGCCGGCCGCCGCUCGGAAUCGCCCUCCUGUUGGGCCUGUGGACGCGUAGCGGCGGGUUUGGGUGCAUCCGUGUGUGGACGGGAGGCCGGAGGAACGGGACGAUGGGUACGGUGUUCCGCAGCGAGGAGAUGUGCCUGGCCCAGCUCUUUCUGCAGGCCGCCUCGGCCUACGACUGUGUUAGCGAGCUGGGGGAGGCCGGCCUGGUGGAGUUCAGAGACCUGAAUCCUAAUGUGACCACCUUCCAGCGGAAGUUUGUCAGUGAGAUGAGGAGAUGUGAGGAGAUGGAGAAGACUCUCGGGUAUUUGUUACAAGAAAUUAAAAGGGCAGAUAUAUCUCUGCUGGAUGGUGAGGUGAAUCCUGUCGCCCCACUGCCGAAGCAUGUGUUGAAGAUACAGGAACAGCUGCAGCAGCUGGAGGCAGAACUGCGGGAGGUGACAAAAAACAAGGAGACCCUGAAGAGGAAUUUUCUUGAGCUCACGGAGUAUAACCACAUGCUGCGAGUGACUCAGGACUUUGUGAAGAGAACCUCGGAGAUUGAUCUCUUGUCCCACGUUCAGUACGAAGAGUUCCCUUCCCUGGACAAAGAACCGCUGAUGGAUCAUACGAACAUGCAGCGACUUGGUGCUAAAUUAGGGUUCAUAGCUGGAGUGAUUCAUCCCUGGAAGGUUGGACCUUUUGAGCGGAUGCUUUGGCGAGUUUGCAAGGGAUAUACAAUCCUGACAUAUGAAGAGUUAGAGAUUCCUCUCGAAGAUCCAGAUUCUGGUGAGAAUGUGAAAUGGGUCGUAUUUUUAGUGUCAUACUGGGGUGAGCAAAUUGGCCACAAAGUGAAGAAGAUAUGUGAUUGUUAUCACUGCCACGUCUAUCCCUAUCCAAACACAAACCAGGAGAGGAUGGACAUUGUGGCUGGCCUCAACACACGAAUCCAAGACCUCCACACGGUAUUACAUAGGACUGAGGAGUACCUGCAGCAGGUUUUACUGAAGGCAUCCGAAUCCAUCCACACUUGGCUUGUUCAGGUGAAGAAAAUGAAGGCCAUCUACCACAUUCUGAAUCUCUGCAGUUUCGAUGUCACCAAUAAGUGUCUCAUUGCUGAGGUCUGGUGCCCCGUGGCUGAUCUAUCCAAAGUUCGCCACGCUUUGGAAGAAGGAUCUAGGAAAAGCAGUGCCACUGUCCCAUCGUUCGUGAACCGGAUCCCCACGACAGACACUCCUCCGACACUCAUCCGCACAAAUAAAUUCACUUCGGGAUUUCAAAAUAUCGUGGAUGCGUAUGGAGUUGGAAACUACCAGGAGGUGAACCCAGGCCCUUACACCAUUGUCACCUUCCCGUUCCUGUUUGCGGUGAUGUUUGGAGACUUUGGACACGGUUUGAUUAUGACAGUGUUUGCACUGUGGAUGGUGCUGUCCGAAAACAACCCGAAACUGAGGCGGACGAGGAAUGAGAUCUGGAACACAUUUUUUGAUGGUCGUUACAUCAUCCUGAUGAUGGGAAUAUUUACUUUGUACACUGGCCUUAUCUACAACGACUGCUUUUCAAAGUCCUUGAAUGUAUUUGGGUCCGGAUGGAGUGUCAAGAGCAUGUUUAUAAAUGAAAGUAGGAUGGUCACUGAAGUUAAGCGUAGUCAGCUCCUGGGCUUGGAUCCCAAUGUUACUGGAGUUUUCAAAGCACCAUAUCCCUUUGGCAUCGACCCGAUCUGGAACCUCGCAAGUAAUCGCCUGAGCUUUCUGAACUCGUUCAAAAUGAAAAUGUCGGUUAUCCUUGGUAUUACCCAUAUGACAUUUGGAGUCAUUCUGGGAGUCUUCAAUCAUUUGCACUUUAAGAAUGAAUCCAGCAUCUACCUAGUAUUUAUUCCGGAGUUGGUCUUCAUGACAUCUCUCUUCGGAUACCUUGUGUUUAUGAUCAUUUAUAAAUGGUUGGUGUAUUCUGCUGCAAACUCGGACCUGGCUCCCAGCAUCCUCAUUCAUUUCAUCAACAUGUUUGUGAUGCAGAGCAGUGAAAGUGCACAACUUUACCCUGGGCAGCAAGGAUUCCAGGUGUUCCUGUUGGUUGUUGCUGUGUUAUCCAUUCCAGUAUUGCUGCUCGGAAGACCUGGAUAUUUGUAUUGGAAGCAGCACGGAGGAAGAAGCUUUGGGACAUACAGAAAAGGCUACACACUUGUGCGAAGAGGGAGUGAGGAGGAGUUGACACUGCUGAGAGCUCAUGAAAUGGAACAGGGAGGCAGCCACUCGAACCAUUCAGGCCACCCCGAUGGAGCUGAACAGGAGUUCAAUUUUGGUGAUAUUUUCAUGCAUCAAGCGAUUCACACCAUCGAGUAUUGUCUGGGCUGUGUGUCGAACACGGCUUCGUACUUGCGGCUCUGGGCUCUCAGUUUGGCUCAUGCUCAGCUGUCUGAGGUCCUGUGGGGGAUGGUGCUGCACAUGGGCCUGCGAAUGGACAGUGAUUUCGGCUCCUUGUUGUUGUUCCCCGUCUUUGGCGUCUUCGCAGUUCUUACGGUCGCUAUUCUGCUUGUCAUGGAGGGUCUCUCAGCAUUCCUGCACGCUCUCCGAUUGCAUUGGGUGGAAUUUCAAACCAAGUUCUACAAGGGCAGUGGAUACAAAUUUUCUCCAUUCUCCUUCGAGCUGGUCACUCGUAACAUUGAUGACUUUGCCUAGAUUUGUGCUGUGAGCAUGUGGAUUUCCCGAAUGUCACUGGCAUGGUCAUGUGACACUCAUGGCUUCUCAUGACAAACGUUUUGCACUGUGACUGCCUUACCAAAUACACAUCAGUUUCCCCGCUAAUGACAGACAAAUACUUCCAUUUGCAAUCUCAGGUACUUCCAGAUCUUACGGAAUGUGAAGGACAUUAUGUGCCUAGUGUUUUCACUGUGAGCAAAGGUGGAAGCGUUUUGAUAGUUUUGAUAAUUUGAUCCAUCCAACAAGGAAUAUUUCCAAGUGGAAAGUCAGAGCUAUGAUGAAGUUAAACUCUACGGGUUGUGUGUGAGUGCCGAAUGGGGAGGUUUACUUCCCAGAGCUGAACAGUGCAAUUUCUGGUCCAUUUGUCCCUUUCAACCCAAAGGUUAGUCCCCCUCUCCCCUUGGUCCGUUAGUCCUCCUCAACCUAACAGUUAGUCCCCCCCCAGUCCUCGGUCCGUUAAUCCCCUUCAACCCUGACGGCCGGUCCCCCUCAGGGUUCACUCAUUGUAAUGUGACCUUCCCAGUAGCGGCAGGUUGAACGGGGGCAGGGGAGUGCGGGGCAAGGAGGGAGAUGAGGGCAGGUGUACAGAGACAGGGAGCCUGUGCUAUUUCCAGGUACAUUCUUCACACUGAUGCUGAAACGUCCUUCAGAGGUGAUACUACCAUUUUUGAGGAAAUUGAAAAACCCAAUAGGAAAUUUGCGGGGAGGUUUUAUUUGGCCUAAUAUUGGUCAGACCACAGCACUGAGAAAGGUGCUCAUCACAUUACUUUGUGCACGCAUUGAAUGUUAUUGCGAAAAUAACCGAGCAUCAUAAACAUGGCAUCCUGAUUGAUAAAAGACGCUUCCCUCUCGUCCUGCCCUUGUCUCCCCCGUCAGACUGAGGGAAGAGUCCCAGUGCUGAACCCCUCUGGAGGUUGGGGUGAGUGUCCCACCUCUCUUGGGAGGUCCUGCUCUUGUCUCCUCCGUCAGACUGGUAGGUGUUGAGGGGGAGGCUGUCCUGUCUUGGAGUGGGAGGUGGGGUUGGGGGGGUAGAGCCCCACCUCUCUCUGGGGAGGGGUGAAGGGUUCCCGCUGUUGUCUCCUCCGCUAGGCUAAUGGAGGAGUGGUGUCAUCGGUGGGGAGAGAACCCCAUUGCUGUUAAACUCUUGGAGUGGGAAGCUAUACUGAUCCUAUUAGCUUGUUACUUUUCAGGGACAAAAUUACAUUCAAACUUCUCCUGUCGGCUCUGCACUGCAGUUCACGGGUCAGUACGGAUGUGUGGAGCUCUGACCCCAGACUUCGGUCACAGCUGGGAGAUGGUGACGUUGUUGGAAUAGUUCCUGUUGACCUCUCUCCAUACAUCUUAGCCAAUCUGUUCCUUAUAUGAUCUUGAUAAAUCCUCUGAAUGCCUUUCAGGGACUGCCCGAAGGCGUGUCUGUAAAUCGAGGGAUACAUUGGAGUGAAGGCUAAGGUGCUGGAAAGGUGAGAGAGUUAAGGCUUCAGGUCUGGUAUCCAUUGUAAGAACUCGGAAAGAGGGAAAACACCUUUCCAGUUAUUGGGAAGGUCGUCAAAGAGAUGGGUUGAUUGGAGGGUUUAUCUCUGAGAGAUGAAAUGGGUUGAUGUGGCAGUUAGAAGCAGGUAUGUCUGUCUUCUGUUGCUAAGAGUGAGGCUGUGGAGCAGGUGCCCAUAGGAAAUCUGCCUUGUUUCUGACGAAGGGUCUUGGACCUGAAGCAUCCCUUUCCACAGAUGCUGCCUGAUCUGAGCACCUCCACCAUUGUGAUUUAUUUCAGGUUUUCAGCAUCUGCAGUUUUAUUUCACUUUCAUUAGGGUCUGUUUAUCCUGGAGAUUCUCAGCACUGUCCAAGUUUGAAAUCUCCGCUCUUUGAUUUCAAGAUCAGAUUGGGCUUUGCCAUACCUCAGUCCCCCCUCUCCCCAGCAUCAGGCAGAUCGCGAACCUGCAGUGGUCUUGUGCGUUUUUCCCCAGUGUUGUUGAGAUGCUACUCGAAAGUACUGGGAGUUACUCAUUACAGGCUAAUCUGUAGAUCUGCCAGUGGGUUCGUCACAGCAAAGUGCAGGGCAGACUGCAGGAAGGUUAACUUCAGGCUGGUUGUCUGAUGUGAUUCUCAGCUUUUAGCUGUUGCAAAUUUUGGCCAGGUUUUUAAAAAGUGGGUUCAUGAACCCCUGAGCUGCUGCAGGGAAUUCACUGUGAAGGUAUCAAACACGACAGCAUAACAAACUUCAACGAAGAUUUCACCUUUAACGGAAGCUGCUUUUAAACAAAAUUUACCCUUGUAUCUACCAAUCAGCUGCUUUUCCCACCUGGGUUGACUGCACCGUGAGGUUUAUAGUCUGUGUAGUUGUACAGCUUUUAAUGUUUGUCAGAGGUCCUUGGCCUGAAGUGUAGGAACCGAUGGUGACAGGGCAGUGAAAUAAAUUAAGCCGUGCUGCAUGCACUGUCCUUGUUCCUGGGACCACAUCCAUUUGUACUUUAAAUGUGUGUGUUUAAUUUAUGUAGUUUAAGUUUGCAUUGGCAAUAUUAUUGCAAGGCUGGGAGGAGGAGAGAGGGAGACGUGGGGUGCCACAGACAAGGGACAACUGUCUUUUCAUAGCCGUCGAAAUGCCACAGAAAACCCGUCUCCCUCCUUCCCCAUCAGUUUCGCCUGCCACAGUGUGGCUAUCCAGGUAACUAACUAUGAUUAACAUUUUAAUCUAUUUAUAUUCCACUUUUGUUUAGGUAUCACUAGAGUGCAGCGAAGUUACUUUCUUUAAAAGGAGGUAAAAUGUGAUGAUAUUAAAUUUCAGAUGAAUUUUCUUCUUGCGCAAUGCUUCUGCCGACUAAAUACUGAAAUGGUUUAGCGCCUGACCUGCAUUAUGUACUUUGGAUUGCGUCUCUGAUGUGUAAAAUUUAAGGUGGUGAUAUUGAUCAGGCUAACAGAUUGAAAAGACGAGAGGAGGUUUGUAACACCUCGGGUGCAGGUCAUCACUAUUUUAUAAAUGUGGCUCUGAUUUAUAGAUGUCUCUGCUUUGCAAUGAACUCCUGGAGGAAGACUAGAAAACUUUUUUUUUAGUAAAUCAACUAAUACUAUAUUAUUUCACUACCUUUCAAGGAUUAAGACCAUAAGGUAUAGGAGCAGAAUUAGGCCAUUUGGUCGAUCGAGUCUGCUCCACCGUUUCACCAUGGACGAUUUAUUUCCCUCUCAGCCCCAAUCUCCUGCCGUCUCCCUGUAUAUAAGAAUAUUUUUUAUAUUUCCCCUCUUGUUUUUUUGCAUCAUUUACCUGAUCUAAUGCUCACUGUCUGCAGAUGUACAUGAUCUGUUCAAAUUGAUGUUGAAAUAUUUAGUGCAAAUGAUAAAGUUUCUGUUAAAAAAACUGGCCUAUCGCCUGAAUGAAAUUUUAGUUUCAUACUAAAAAUAAAAGGUUUUUUG